CUAUUAUUCUUUUCUUGCGGCUCGCGCGCGGCAUCAAUUCCUCGUCUACGGUGAUCUUUUCUUUUGCCAUCUGCACUACCAAUGGAGACCACGCGCUGUCGUUAGAGAAUCCCUCCUCCCUCAAGGUUGCUCAGGUCUUUACGGGUGUCGGCAUCGGCGCUGGCCGACCCAUAUAUGUAGGUGUGAUACCAGCAGUUCAGAAAGUCCUGACUGCUGCUAGAGGUGCAACUGAUGCUUUUUCUGGAGUUGGGAGGCAUGUCAACAGUUCUCUAAAGAAGUUGGGCUUUAAGAACAUUGAAGUUGGUUUCAGAUGCGGGGUUGGUUUAGGCCACGGUUUUGGUGUAGGUCCUGGUCAGAGCAGCACCAAGGUGCUAAGUGGAACUCCUGUUGAAAAUGCACAACUCUCAAGUGAGAAUGUCAUGGAUUUGAAAUCUGGAAGUACUGGCAGUAGCUAUGGAUAUUCGAUGAAUGAUGAAAGACCUGCUGAAGAAGCUAGGCAUAGUCCUAAUGCAUCAAAAGAGACACCAUUAGAGAAGUCAGUUGCAAGUCGUACUGAAAAAGUUAUCAACAGUUUCUUGCAGGAUCCACUUUUCAAGGAUACUGAGGUCAAACUUGUUGAAGUGGCUGGAAACUUGCUCACAGAGAACGAUAUACUUCAAAUGCUGCUGAAGCAUCAGCUAGCGAUCGAAGAAUUGAUCGACGAGAAUCUGAAGCUGCGACAAGUACUCGUAGAGGAUUUUAAGGUUUCACCUUGCAGGCUUCAAACAAAGGAUGUCAGUAGAACAGAAGUCUAUUACCCGUGUUCUGACUGUUUCAAAUGCCGUAGAAGAAGAAGAAAGGCAGCAAGAUAGCAUUUAAAUCUUAAUAUGCACCCAAUGCCCACUCCAGCAUCAUUAUCUCACUGGGUUUGGUAGCUCAUAUCUCACAUAUCACUACCAUCAGCUAGGAAGAUACAAAGGAAUUGCCCAGAUUCUUUAUGUUUUGAGCUUCUUAUUUAACUUUUGAAGCUUUGAUAAGAGUGUUUUCUUCUGUCAUAAAAUUGUUUCUUGCAACCAUAUUUCAUUUUUUUUUUUUUCAUUUAGGGUCAUGAACAAAUCAAUUGGUCGAAUUGGAAAAAUCGGAAACUGGACUCUCUAUCGGUCCAAUUCACUUAUUGAAUCAUUUUGAGCCCUUGAAAUGAUUGAAACAUCUUUGCUUUU